AUGACUGUCUCCCCAGAGCGGCAAGGCCUUGGGGCACCAAAAGCACUGAAGGAAAAAGAAAAGGGGGAGAAGAAGAGGUCCUUAGGGAGGGACUACCAUCCUCUAUGCCUGAAGUGCCAGAAGUGCAACAGACAGCUGACGGCUGGCCAGCAUGCUGAGUACGAUGAGAAGCCGUACUGCACACACUGCUACUUGAAGAUGUUUGGCCCGAGAUGUACACUUUCAGGCAGCAGGUGAAGGACGUUUCCGUAGGACAGGGCCGUGGUCUUCAUCUUUGGUCUUCAUCGCCCAAACCAGACGGAAGCUCUACUAGUAAAUACUGACGUCUAAGACCAGGCAGCUGAAAAGCCACAAAAUGUAGAGGCUUUAAUGAUAAAUAAUGAUGAGCGUAAAUCUUACUGUUGUUCUCUUUAAGAAUUGAAUAUCUACGAAUAAGGGGUGGUUGCUUGAGUUUUAUCAUACUGAUUGUAAAUUUAAACUGACUUUUUUGCCUUACAUUUUCAGAACUUUGUGACUGUAUUUGUUUUUUGUUUUUUUUUUUUUGCUGUAUUUGCGAUUAUAUUUUUGGUUUUGAAAUCACAAAUCAAUAACGCCAUGCAAAGUAUUCACACAUCCACAAACCUUAAUGUAUUUUAUUUAGAUUUAAUGUGAGGGACCAACGCAAAGUAAUGUCACAUAAUGGUAAAGAUUGUUAAUUACACAUUGUUUUUGAACUCUCUAAAAUAAAAAAAAUGUGGAAAUAAAGCCCUAUAUGCAACA